CAUUGAUAAUGAAAAGAAGGCUAUAAUAAGCACAAGCUAUUUUAUUUCUGAUGGUCUUCUAAAAGCGCAUAUUAUGUGUGCAGGAGACCUUUCGUUUAGCAAAACCCAUAUCAAAAUUAUCCAAAUGACACAACAUGCACAUUUACGUAAUCAAUGCAUCGUGGUGUAACGUUACAACUUUGUAUCUAACGUUAACUGUUGACUAACUUACGCAUGUCAUUAGUAGCUAAUCCGCACCAUGGGAUUAUGGCACUUUCACAUCAAUUAUACAAAUUAGACUCUUAUUUGGAUUAUAAGCAUUUGUUAUCAUUUCACCCAUGACUUAUGUAGCGGUACUUUGCAUGCAUUUAAGUCUUAUAAAUAUGAUAUUCAUAAAUCAUGCGACAAAAAAUCAAUGAUAUUUUCCAGUGACCUUCUUGGUAAAAUAGCUGGCUAUACCUCAUCAAAACAAACAAACAAAAUAGAUAAAACGUUAGACGCUCAUCAAUCCAUUGUGCCUAUUUGAUAUUAUGCUCAAAUUUAUCAGGCAGACAACACUGAUCUUUGACCACAUAAACCUUGACAGUUUCAGAGACGUCAUCUAAUCGACUACUCUAAAAGGUAAAAUUUUUCUGACACUUUUUUGUUCGCGGUAAAAAAUUCUCGAACUUUUCAUCGCAAACUUUUUCUUUUGUCUUCUGCUUAUCUACUCCUUCUAUUCCUGCCAAGCAUGCGAAAGCUAAAACCAAUUCGCGAACACUCCAUUUUUCGCUACCGCGAAAUUAAAUCCCCGCUAACAUUUUUUAAUUUUACAGUAACGUUAUCAGCGAACUUUGACCCAUAUGCAUUGUGUUACAUCGAGUGAGAAGAUGGCGACUCGCAGUGCCACAGUAACCCACAGUUACGUGACUACUACCGAAACUGGUCGCGCCGAGCUCAGAUGGAGACCUGUGUCGGGCUCCAAGGGCCCAAACACCGCCUCUUUAGUGGAACUCGGCGAAAAAGUGCAACAAAUCGUGAGCAGGAGCUCGUGGUGGGAUCGGUACGGGGUGGACUGGUGCAUCCUCGCCGCCGGAUUGGGGCUCGCGUUCCUCGGCAUACACCUCGCCGGCUACCGGCACCCUCUCCUCUUCGCAUCGGCGCUGUUGGCUUGCGGUGCCGGCCACUGGAUCCUGGCGAACAAGGGCGCCCACCUUGCCGUACACGGCGCCUUAGCGGAGUCCCGUACGGCUAACAACUUUGCGGUCUGGUUCCUGAGCGAGUUGGCGGGGGCGUUCACUUCCAAGGGAGGGUAUGACGUCCAUAUCAAGGUCCACCAUCCCCAUACUAACGUUAUCGGGCUGGGGGAUUCCAGCUCGUUCCGUGCAGCUUUCCUCCCUAAGUACGUGUACAUGUUCUGUGCGCCUCUGCUCGUCCCGGUCUUCACCCCACUGGUCAGUGUCCAGCUGCUGUGGGGUCAGUGGUCAGCUAUGUUAUCAUGCAUCAUAACAAUAGCUACGGGACUGUACAUCAACCAUUUCCUGCUGGUUCAAUUCUCGGGCUUCAGUGCGCUGGGCGCCGCCGCCUUCAUGCUGGCCUCCCGCGCCAUCUUCGGCCUGCCUUACAUCCACGUCAACAUCUUCCAACACAUCGGGCUGCCCAUGUACUCUCAGGAGACUCGACCGAAGAGAAUCCAGCUGAUGUCGACAGGUGUGCUGAACCUGAGCAGGAACGUGGUGUUAGACUGGGUGUUCGGCCACUCCCUCAUCAGCUGUCAUGUGGAACACCAUCUCUUCCCAUCACUCUCCGACAACAUGUGCUUCAAGGUGCGUCCUGUAGUGCGUGAGUACCUGACGGCCCACGGACUGCCCUAUAACGAGGACACCUACAUGGGCAGGCUCAGGCUGUUUGUGGAGAAGUACGAGGAGUGGAUGGUCAAGCUUCCUCCCAUCACACACUUCGUCGGCCUGCAGUGAGGGCUACCAGGGUUCUAGCCAGGAUUUUAUUUUAGCGUAAUGGUAAUGGCUAGGUAGCAAACAAGCAAUUGAAUUAGGGGCAUGGUGUAGAAGGAGAUCUUGGCCCUUCCUUGGUGAGAUUUUGAUUUAGAGUAAGAUGUUGGCAUGAUAAGGGUACCUGUGAGAGGACUUGCUGUAACUCUGUUAACAUCACAUGUAACACUGAAACAUCACAUUCAUAUUUGAUUAGACAUUUGCAACAGGUAAAUGAUAGCAAAGUACCACCACACUAGUUGAAAAUUAGCGUAGUGAUUGCAAAUUUUAGUGUAGUGACCCGCUACGCUAAAAUGCACCAGCUAGAACCCUGGCUACUCCGUUAAACACUCUUGGAAGGAGUGGAGGAUCAAAUUUCACAAAGAUCUACAAGUCAUAAUUACUUCUCAAUAGCUUUAUGUCUCAUGAUGUCCUGACUUUCUUUCCGAUUAAUUUAUGGCCAUUUCAAAAUAGGAGACAGAAAUUAGCCUCACUUAAUAUAUAAGUCAAUACAAUUUGUUCCUUCCUCUAUAGGAGGUACAAAUGUGAGUACAAACCCUAACACCAGCAAUAUCAGACACACAGCGCCUCCUAGCAGCCUGGUGAUGUUGCUCAGGCAGGCUAUGUGAUGUUAUGUAGCUAUAGAGAAAAUAAUGUGAGAAAAGAUAUGUUGUUUAUGAUAUGGGAAUUGUUAUUCAACAAAUGAGAUUUCGAACUAUUGCAAGAAUAUAUUUAAGAUUAUAUAUAUAAAUGUAUAUAUAAAAUUAUAUCUUAGUGCAUGUAUGUGUGUUUGAUUUACAUGUAUAUAUAAAUGUAUGUGUUUGAAUGUGGUUCUGCAAACAUCUAAGGUAAGUCCUAUCUAAUUAGGUUGAUAUAUAGAUAUGAAUAUUAUCAAGGAACAUUAAGAAAACUAACAAAAGUAACAAAAUAUUUCAAAAGUAUCUGAA